AUGGCUGAUCUCAUCCACCUCCACGACUCUUCAGCCGCGCUCGCGAACCGCUUCGCCCGCAAAGGCGCGCUGCGGCAGAAGAACGUGCACGAGGUGAAGAACCACAAAUUCAUCGCGCGCUUCUUCAAGCAGCCGACCUUCUGCAGCCACUGCACGGACUUCAUCUGGGGAUUUGGCAAGCAAGGAUUCCAGUGCCAAGUGUGCUGUUUUGUGGUCCACAAAAGGUGCCAUGAGUUCGUCUCAUUCUCCUGCCCUGGAGCUGACAAGGGGCCAGACACAGACGACCCGAGAAGCAAGCACAAGUUUAAGAUCCACUCCUAUGGCAGCCCAACCUUCUGUGACCACUGCGGCUCUCUGCUAUACGGACUCAUCCACCAGGGAAUGAAAUGUGACACCUGCGAUAUGAAUGUACAUAAGCAAUGCGUGAUGAAUGUGCCAAGCUUGUGCGGGACUGACCACACCGAGCGCAGAGGACGCCUCUUCCUCAAGAUCGAGGUCAGCGGAGACAGACUCCAUGUCACAGUUGGCGAAGCGAGAAAUCUAAUUCCCAUGGACCCCAAUGGGCUGUCAGACCCAUACGUCAAACUCAAACUGAUCCCGGACCCCAAGAACGAGACCAAGCAGAAAACCAGGACCAUCCGCUCCUCCCUCAACCCCACCUGGAACGAGUCCUUCACCUUUAAGCUAAAGGCCACAGAUAAAGACCGGCGGCUGUCUAUAGAGGUGUGGGAUUGGGACAGGACCACCAGGAAUGACUUCAUGGGCUCUAUGUCAUUUGGUGUGUCUGAGCUGAUCAAAGCCCCUGUGUGUGGCUGGUAUAAGAUGUUGAAUCAGGAGGAGGGCGAGUACUAUAACGUUCCGAUCCCAGAAGUAGACGACAUUAACCUGGAGCUGAGGCAGAAGUUUGAGGCCUGUCAACUAAAUAUCCACUUCCUAAAGAAAGCUAAGCUGGGCCCAGGGAAGAAAGUGAUCACUCCAUCAGAUCACCGGCGCUUCAGCUUGCCCUCCAGCAACAUGGACAGGGUCCGGCUCAAUGACUUCCACUUCCUGGCCCUCUUGGGGAAGGGCAGCUUUGGCAAGGUGAUGCUGGCAGAGAUGAAGUCCUCGGAGGAGCUGUAUGCCAUCAAGAUCUUGAAGAAGGACGUGGUUAUCCAAGAUGAUGAUGUAGAAUGCACCAUGGUGGAGAAGAGGGUACUGGCUCUGAGAGACAAGCCACCAUUCCUCACCCAGCUCCACUCCUGCUUCCAGACAGUGGACCGACUUUACUUUGUGAUGGAGUACAUUAAUGGAGGGGACCUGAUGUACCACAUCCAGCAAGUGGGCAAGUUUAAGGAGCCUCAAGCAGUGUUCUAUGCAGCUGAGAUUGCUGUGGGGCUGUUUUUCCUACAUAGGAAGGGAAUCAUCUACAGAGAUCUGAAGUUGGAUAAUGUGAUGCUGGACUCUGAGGGCCACAUUAAAAUUGCAGACUUUGGCAUGUGCAAGGAGAGCAUGUAUGAGGGCAUGACGACACGCACCUUCUGCGGUACUCCGGAUUACAUCGCUCCUGAGAUCAUCGCCUAUCAGCCGUAUGGGAAGUCAGUAGACUGGUGGGCUUACGGCGUCCUGCUCUAUGAGAUGCUGGCCGGUCAGCCUCCGUUUGAUGGCGAGGAUGAGGACGAGCUGUUUCAGUCCAUCAUGGAACACAACGUCUCCUACCCAAAAUCCAUGUCUAAAGAAGCUGUGUCCAUCUGCAAGGGGCUGAUGACCAAACACCCCUCUAAGCGUCUGGGCUGUGGUCCAGAGGGAGAGAGAGAUAUUAAGGAACAAGCCUUCUUCCGGAGGAUUGACUGGGAUCGACUGGCCAACAGGGAGGUCCAGCCUCCAUUCAAACCCAAAGUGUGUGGUAAAGGAGCCGAGAACUUUGACAAGUUCUUCACACGCACCCAGCCCAUGCUGACCCCACCGGACCAGCUGGUCAUCGCCAACAUCGACCAGAGCGAGUUCGCUGGCUUCUCCUACAUCAACCCACAGUUCAUCCACCCGUCCGUACACGGCAGUGUGGUAUGAGGAGCCGAAUGCACCUAAAACUCCAAAACACACAGCGCAGCAGGCAGCAGCCUCCGCCACUUUACAAACUCAAUAAACCUAUCUGUACUGUUGAUGACCCUUUAUCAGAGCAUAUUGGAAUGGAGGCCAGCUGGAAGGGGGGGACUCUUCGAAUGGGUCCAAACGGGAUGACAGCACUAAAGCAUGUUUCUGUAUCUAUAUGGCGCAACAUAUUUAGUACAUGGCAGCAUUUCUAAAGUUCUUUAAAGGUUCAGAGUCUUUAGAGCAAUGACAGCUUCACAGUCUGUUGACAUAUCUGCUUAGGCAUAUCAUGUUGUUUCUUUGUUUAUUGUCGGCGCAUAUAAUGUGGAAUUAAAACGACAAACACAGCAGCAGAAUCUCCACGUCAGUUUGAGAACAGCCCUUCAACGCAUCAGCUAACUCUGGAGUAGUGGUCAUUGUCAUAAGACAAUUGUACAGCCAGUUAGUAACUGUAAUAUGAAAAUGCUGGUACUUUCCAUCAUGGACCCCUGGCACCCCCCCUUCCACAACCUUGCCAUUCCAUGUGUGUGAAGCAUGUUGACAUGAGACAGGUUUUUGUGUCUUAGACUUCCCUUCCCUCUUAUCUACUGCCAUUUCUAAAGUUCCUGAAAUAUAUAUACAUAUACAUAUAUAUAUAUAUAUAUAUUUGUAAAUUUAAAAAGUACGAUCUAUUGUUAUAGGAGUGCCAAAAUAUAAGUGCAUUGAAAGAUUUUAUAACUCUCACUAUAUGCAUAUAUGAAUUUCCUACUAAAGCUCUUAUAGAUGUUAUUUGUCCUGACUCAGACUCCAACACAUUGUUUCCUGGAUCUGUUUUAUAGCAUGAUCGCAUUUUAUUCAUGAUGACAUUUGAUUCGUCAGGAAUUGUUCUUUGCAUCAGUCAGCAUGCCAUAUACUGAACAUUCGAGGAAGACUUACUAUAAUAACAAACCGUCGAAAAUAAUGGAUUUGAGUUUCUACAGCGAAAUGGGGCGAAUUGACUACACGGUCAGUCUUAUACAAGAGCUUACUUGCCUAGUUCAUACUGACUGCAGUGAUGCAUCAUGAGGAGCUAUUUCUUUUCUUCAUGGUGCAGUGGAUGCUUAAUGCAGAAAUGCCCAGAGCAGCUGUGACUCUGAAUGAUCCUGUUGCUUUCGCCCAUGCCGACAAAUGGGAAAAGUCAGGGUAGAUAACUGAAACCAUCUGAUCAAAUCAGUCUUGAAUGAAACAACGUUUUGGGUUGAUUAGUUGAGGCUGCUUUAUACAAAGAAUUGAAAUCCAAGGGUUCUUUAGUGAACAGUUAUAUGUCAGCAGUUUAGAACCGUGACAACUAAAGGCAGGUCCAUUACAAUACGGUACGCUUACUAAUCCAAACCCACAACUGUCCAACCCUGGUCAAGCACGUGUGUCUGUUUCCCAUCACAUAACAGAACUGUGGUUCACAAGGUUUCCAGAUGCUUGUGUUAACCAGGCCCGGGUCAUCAAGUUCUAGGCCCCUGGGUGUUUUUUUUUGUUUGUUUGUUUCAGAGUAAUGUGUUUGAAUGUUCCAACCAAGCUGAAUAGUCUUGGCCUUGUAGUAUAUAAAACUAAAAUCAGGUUAUCUGGUGGUUCUAGAAACAAACCUCUUGAAUUAAAUACUCCUGUUAAAUUUGAAUGGCCAGUGUAAAGCUACAUCUAUUUGUUGGCAUUUAGAAGAGAAUGUGUUGACCUGCCCUGAUUACAUAAAGACAAUAACAAGUUGCCAAACAAUGCUUUUUCCAAACAUGCUGUGUCCCGCUGGCAUGGCGUGAUAAAAGGUCUAUUGCCGACCGAAACACAGUCAUCAUUUUACGUACUGUAUUAGUUUAUAGUGCUAAAACACAAAACAUUGGCAAGAUUUCUCACACAUUAACAAUAAAGCAUGCAUCCAGUCUUUGCAAGCACAAUAUGUACCCCACUGAAGACGAAAUGAAUUAAAAUCGGACUACUCCAGCAGGUGUGGAAAAUGUUUGUGGACCAUUUAUAUCUUUCCUUUGAUGGCUUUAAGUGUGGGAGUAGACAGUUUGCAGACCCACUACUGACACCAAUGCAGCAACUUUUGCUUUAGUUUGGGCCGAUGGUUUUUACUUGUGUUUGGUUCAGGAAAAAGCGCAUCCUUUACUAUCAGGGGUCGCUUGAUCGGAGUCAUGGCGGAUAAAUGAACAAUUGCUAAGCCGUGCUUUGAGGAAAAACUCAAGUGUGGAUAGCAUUAUGAUCAGUCACACCACAAGGCCGAAAUUAGUUACGUUUUUUUUUCUAUGCCACUUCCUGCGGAGAGCCAAGACUGUUGUUUUGAUUUUGCCGUAACUUUGCUUGGGCUCUUGGGCACACGGCCAUAAAACCCAUGAUCCGGGCCUGCUGUUCACUGGAAACACAAACAACAGGGGAAACAAUGGAGGAGCUACAAGCUCUGAUCUAACUUUUGCUCUGCAUUUGGUUUUAUGUCUAGAGUCCCAGACAGCGGUUUUAGUUAGCUAGUGUUCUUUUAAAAAUCGUGGUCAUCUAACUCGAGUGACAUGAUUGUGUUUGACCAGUCAGUGCUCUGCACCCUUUCUAGUUCCACCCACACAUUCCAGCUCAGAUGUUUGGUACCCCAGUAUGACAGGUAACCAAGUUCACAGGUGCAGUGGAAAUGUCAAAUGACAAGACGCAUGAACACAGAUUUGGGUACUUUACUGCACUGCCUGGUGGACAACUGCCAUAAAACCAUAAGACCUGUAACCUUCCUUUUGGUACUGUUUAAGACCCUUGCUGCUAACAGGGUACACUUGCUAUGUAUGCAUGGUGGCCCAUCAGCUAUCAAGUGGUCUAAAUCCGACCAAGAAUUUGUCGCUUCUUCGUGACUUACUGUAAGAAUGAACAGUCAUAGAUGGACUGAAUGGAAAGACCUCAGGGCCUGAGGGGCAUUUCUGUUUUAACCAGUUUGCUAUUAUAAAAUGCACAAUGCAGUUCUACGAUGCAUGCUUAGUUCUCUGUUUGUAAGGUCCAUUAGAGAACCCAAUAGGGAGGCAGUGAUCUCCAAUAUCAAACCCGCCUCUCUGAUAUUGUGAGACCAAGUGUUUAUGUACUUUCUGGUGAUGAAUUCUGUGUUCUUCUAUAUGCUUUGACGUUCUUUUUUCGAAAACCGUGUUACAAUUAUUAUAUAUACAUAUAGUAUUUCUUCACUUUUCAAACAAGCUUAUUUUUUUCCUGCACAUUUUUGUUUGUUUUAUGUUUUUUGUUUAUUUUUUUCUCUGUGAAUCCUUUCAUGUCGAGAGCUAUGUUUACUGUUACACUAAAGGAACACUAUAUCAACCUUUUUUUUUGGUUUUGUAAUUGGCUGUUUCAGAAGAGAAUGAACGUUAACUGUAGAUUUUAUACCAAGAACUUGAAUGUGCUUUUACUAACUUAGAUGGUUCUGAAAUUUCUGUAUGUUUUAGAUGAUCUGAGAAAAAAAGGAGACUAGUUUGGCAAAAACUUUCAUAGCUUUGGUAUUGGCAAAAUGUUGUUAUAUAUGUAUUUCAUGUAUCUAUCCAUACUUUCCGUUCAUGUUUAUGAGGCGAUGAGGAAGAAUAGAGGUGUGAGCGCGCCAUUUGGACUGCGUUACUUGCCUUGAAUCGACCAGCGCUCCUGCGAGUAUACGUCAUUGGUUGCUUUCGCUGUGUGCAUGCGAGGGUACGGGCAAAAUCAGAGCAUGCAUCUCAAGUGUCGCAUGAUACAAGAAAUAAAUAAAAAAAUCCUCUGGGAAUGGCGCGUCAUGCCAAGCGCAAAGCCCGUCCCAUC